AUGGACUACUUGCAAGCAUACUUACCCAACUCCCCAAGCGGGGGCAAAUUGCCAUACUGGUUGUUGUUCAUCUCUGCUGUUUCCAUCUUCAAUUCCGUGCAAACUUACCAGUCGAGCGAGUUAUCAUUGACUAGAAAGGUAUACGAAGAGGAAGCCAAUUCUCGUCACUCCACUCCUCAAGUCACCAGAUUGAGUGCUAGAACCUUUGGAACAUGGACCUUUAUCUCGUCACUUGUUAGAUUUUACGGGGCCUAUUACGUGACCAACCCCCAAAUCUUUCAACUCACCCAAUGGACUUUCCUUGUCGCUGCUGGCCACUUUUUCAGUGAGUGGUUGGUUUUCGGAACCUGUAAGUUGGGCAAGGGUCUUGCUGGUCCAGGAAUCGUCAGUAUCUUGUCUCUUAUCUGGAUGCACUCUCAAAAGGAGUUCUACCUCGGUGCUUAA